UUCAAUUUUUUAAAUGUCACGGACUUCUACCGGCUAAUUGUCAACGUGUUCGGAUCGUUGCAUUUGACGACCAACUAUGGCCCCUAUACCUCAAUCAACUGCCCCGGGUGUCAAUGCAAUUCUUCUGGGCCCACCAGGCUCAGGAAAAGGGACGCAGGCCCCUCUCCUAGCUGACAAGUACCAGGUGUGUCAUCUGUCCACAGGUGAUAUGCUGAGAGCUGUAGUUAGCUCUGGGUCUGAGCUGGGAAAGAGAGUGAAGAAGGUGAUGGAUGAUGGCAAGCUGGUGUCAGACGAGUUGGUUGUUGAGAUGAUCAACGACAGCCUGGACAAGCCGGCGUGUCGAAAGGGAUUCCUGCUGGAUGGCUUUCCACGCACCGUGAAACAGGCUGAGGCACUGGACAGCCUGUUGGAGACCAGAAAGACGAAGCUCCACUCGGUCAUUGAGUUUGCAAUUGACGACUCUCUGCUAGUGAGCCGAAUCUGUGGCCGACUGAUACACAAAGCCAGCGGCCGGUCCUACCAUGUAGAGUUCAACCCUCCGAAGAAACCCAUGAUUGAUGAUGUGACUGGUGAGCCGUUGAUACGUCGCUCGGAUGACAACGAGCAAGCGUUGACAGCCCGCCUCGAUGCGUACCACAAGCAGACAAAGCCACUUGUGGACUUCUACCGCAAACGGGGCAUUCAUACGGCUGUGGACGCCUCCAAGGCCCCAAAUAUUGUUUUUGACGCAAUCAAGAUGGCCUUUGAAAAAAAUAUUGUUUUUGACGCAAUCAAGAAGGCCUUUGACGCAAUCAAGAAGGCUACUGUUUAAGAGCUAGCAAUAAGCAAUAGAUUUUGAUGCUUUGCUUGUAACUUUGUGUUGCUAUUUUUUGUGUCAUGAUUAUUUCAAUUAUUAUAAGAAAAUUGUAAAUGAUAUUUGUUUUCCUAUUAGCAAGUUACUAGUGACAUUACCCAAAGGUCUAUAAUAGUAAUAUUCUACAUUUAUUGCUUUUAGAUAAUUUUUACAUGAUUAUUGUUUUCACAUUGUAUUGUUUAACAUUUAUUAUAUUGAUGCACUGUGUAUUUCACUUUAAGUUUUAUUCUUGAAAGCUUUUAUGAUAUUGCUGUAUAUCAAAUAAAAAUUGUAUUGCACUUAGAAGUAUUAAGAACCAAAUUAAAUUCAUUAUUCAUUCAUUAUAUUAUCGUAUAGUCAUUAUAAUGUGGACCAAUCAUUUGCAAUUUGGUUUAGCAAUUCAAACUACGCCCUAGUUUUGGAUCCAAUACAUGAGCCGGCACCUCCCUGUCAUCAAGUAGGCCCUCUUGAUUAUGAGGCAAAGGUCACUCCUAACUUAUGGAGCCUUGUUUAGGAAAAUUGGGCUAAAUGCAUGUCUGUAAAGUGUUUGCACAGGCUUAUCAGGGACGACACCCAACACUUUUAUGGAAUUUUUCACUAAAAGGCAGGCUGCACAGGCUAAUCUUGAGUGACACAGGCUGCACAUGCAUUAAGCCCUGUUUUCCCAAAACAAGGAUCAAAUAUCCCUCCUGAUAAUUAUCUACACCAGACAUUCAUAUUCAUUUGCACGUGUUCACGAGAAUGGCUCAAUGUUACAUUCCAAUUAUGUUUAUAGUGUGCGUGUACUUUGUACUGUGUCAUUAUUAUAGAAUACACAUAUUAUGGUGGUGUUCAUAACAAAGUGAAAUAAAAUUAAUAUGACUGUGUACGCACUUAAAUAAAAAAAUCAGCGAUAUUUAAUUAAAGCAGCUUGUUCAGAUAUUUUUGUAUUUUUAGCUCGACUAUUAUAUAUGAAAUAUAUAUAUAGUGGAGCUAUCCUACUCACCCUGGCGUCGGCGUUCCCGUUAGCUUGCAAAUGUUAAAAUUUGCGUACUACCCCAAAUAUUUCGAUGUCCUUUGUUAUAUUGCUUUUAUAUUUUGCAUACUUCUUUACCAACAUGACCCCAAUCUAUAAAUAAGAGCAGACAACUGUAUCAAGCAUUUUGACAGAAUUAUGGCCUCUUUUAUACUUAAAAUCUGCAUAUUAUUGAUAAAUCUAUGUUAAAGUUUCCGUACCACCUCAAAUAUUUUCUAUGUCCUUUGACAUAUUGCUUUUAUAUUUUGCAUACUUAUCCACCAACAUGAUCCCAAUCUAUAAACAAGAGCAGACAACUGUAUCAAGCAUUUUGACAGAAUUAUGGCCCCUUUUAUAAUUAGAUAAUUGAACAUUUUGCUUAAAUUGCCAUAACUUCUUUAUUUAUUUAUCACAUUUGAUUCAUACUUUGACAAAACAACACUUACCUGACAUACCACAAUGCACUCCACCCAAACCAUCCCCCAUGCCCCACCCCAGAAUCCCCCCCCCCCCCACACACACACACACAAAUUUUGUUUUCCUUAUUUUUGAAAAUUCAUCUAUUAAACGACCACACACCCAAAUUAUACCCCCCCUCUCUCCAUGAUGGCUUACGUUAUACUGCCAAGCACUAAAAAAGUCGAGCGCGCUGAUCUCUGACAGCUCUUGUUGAUAAAUAUCAUUAAAUGAGUUUUCUGAAAAAUUGUUAUAUUUUGAGUUUUAAUAAUUAUAAUCAGAAGGAAAAAGAUUAAAUAAAAAGUGCCUGCCUUGGGGUUCGAACCCCGGUCCUCUAGAAGUAAAAGCCCAAGGGUUGCAAGUAAAUCACACAGGCUUUUGAUUGUUGAUGGUAGCUCUAAAGACAAAUGCAUUUAUUUUUGGAAAAAUUAUUGAUUUAAGGGAAAUUUAUUUAUUUUUGUAUUAAUGAUGUUCAUAAAUUAUCAACUACAUGUAACUUUGUUCUUUGGAAUGUUAUUGUUUGAAUGUGAUGCAAACGCAAUUGUGAACAAUUCGAUUUAAGUUUUGAAUAUUUGACAUACAUUUUGUAAUUUCUUAAGUUUUUAUCCAAUCUUCAUGAACAUUUACACAAAUGUUCAAUAGAGCGUCUUCUACCCAAACAUCGGUACAUACUUCCCCUUCACUGCACACUAUAGUCAUCAUAGCACAAAAUAAAAGACAUGUGUCUAAUCACUUUUUUUUUCGUACCCUAUGGUUAUACAUUUAAUUAAUUUAAAAAUGUUUACAAAAUAUAUGAGCCUUGUUCUGAGAAACUGGGCUUAAUGCACGUGCGUUAAGUUUCGCCCCAGAUUAGCCUGUGCAGUCCGCACAGGCUAAUCAGGGACGACACUUUCCGUCUAAACUUGAUUUUCGGCAAGAAGGGACUUCCUUGAAACUAAAAAUACCAUAAAAGCGGAAAGUGUCGUCCCUUAUUAGCCUGUGCGGACUGCACAGGCUAAUCUGGGAUGACACUUUACGCACAUGCAUUAAGCCCAGUUUUCUCAGAACGCGACACAUAUAUAUAUAUAUAUAUACAUGUUAAAGCAAUUCGCUUCUAAUCAAGCUGAAUAGUAACAAUAAAGUGAGGCUUAGAGGUGGAUUUUGAUUUGUUCCGGAAUUUUCUGUUUGUUAAGAAGUAAAAUGGGAAACAAAAAAUGUUCAUUAAAUUGUACGAAUAUACUGAAUGUCCAAGGGUAAUAUUGUAUUCUGACAUAUCAUGAAAUGUUGAACAAGACAAUAUAAAUAAAAGUCAUAUUUAUGUUUGCUUGCUUUAGUACGGAAUAAUAUACAGGGUAGUACAUUAAACAUUUUCACCACAGUU